AAGCAAACAAAAAAAAUCAGUUUCGAAAUACUCAAACUCCAAAUUUAUACCAUGUCUAAACAAAAAAUCACCAUGUUUUUCUUCACGAAUGGUGAACCACUCAAGGCCCCUCACAAAGUGGUGGUUGAACGUCAGAAGUUGGAGAAAAAUGAAGUUGUAAAGCGUGUUAACAAAUUGCACUUCUACAAUGGUUAUGUAGUUUACACCUUGUUCGGAGAAGUGUUGCGGUCCAUCAAAGAAAUUCACAAUGAAUCGGCGUUCGUCGUGGUACCACGAGAUAAAUGCUUCAAACCGGGGCCAUAUUUGAAGGCAUUUCGGAAUUACAUCGAUGAGAAACUACCGACCAUAAAAGAAACGAAGCACGCAAAAUCAGACAAGAAAGGAAGCGUAGAUAAAAAACCCUUUGCGAAGACUUCAUCUACUCCAAAACAGUUAACAAAGGUUCAACGUUCCAGUGUCGGUUGCCGUCAUGCAGCCUGUGAAGCGGCCAGUGCCAAGCACGGAGGAAGUCGCAGUGGAUCUUGUGACUGUCAAAAGGGCAAUGUAUGCACGCUGAAUCCCAGUCAACCGAAAACAAAAGUCAAGCGCAAGAAAAAGGUUGGAGGUGGUUGGAGCAUGUGUUUCAGAAAGAAUGAGGAAAAGAAAGAGCCAACAGUUCGAUUGAGAAAGCGAGACUUGGCUCGUAUCGAAAAGGAAAAGGCUAAAAAAGUACCUAAGGCCAAGCAUGGCUGGCUUUGCUUUGGAAGAAAACCAACGCGGGCGGAGUAUUAUAGGAAAAAUCGUGAGAAAUUGAUUAAACAACGGAAUGAACGAAUAGCAAAUGAAGAAAAACGAAAAGUUAAGGACCAAAAGGCUCUAAAAAGUCGGAUAAAAAGCCGCAAAAGGAAACAGGAAUGCAUGGCACUAUACUGUCCAUGUUGCGCUAAGAAACCCGAACCACUGCUAGUUCCGCCACCACCACAUAAUUGUAUAAAACAUAUGCAGCUUGCACGUGAUGAAGCCUGUCGUCGUCGUCGAGCACUUAGGACGCAAGAACAACCUUCAUGGGAGAGUAUCACCGUGCCACCAAUGACUAAAAAAAGAAUUCGUGGCACUCAGACAACAAAGAACGAUCUGAAGCGGGCACAUAAAGCUUCGGGUGGAGGGGGUUGGAAUUGUUUGGGUGGUAGUAAGAAAAAGAAAGUUACGAAUGAACACAACGAAGAGUAUACAGGAUCGAUCCAACCACUAAACAAAUCGUCGUUAACAGCAACCACUUCAGCGCGCUUAGAGGACACUGAAGCUGACGUCGAAGUCGAAGUCUCUCGUGCGCACAUGACACCGUCCCGUACAUCGGUUCCAAUAUCAGUCACUAAUUCUCAAUCUCGAGCAUCAUCUAAGAUCAUUGAGGAUGUUUUACCACCUGAAAGCAAGCAAACAAUGUCUGUUACAUUCGAUAACCUACAAUUAGAUACGCAGUCCUUGCCCGAGCAAGACGUUGAGCCGUCACAAGAUAAAAUAAUAAAAACUCAAUCAUUUGAUCAUCUUCCGACAGUUCAAGAAUCCCAACCCAAAGUUGUACCUUCUAAAGAAUAA